GCGAACUUCAGCGUGCUAGCGUUCAUUCAUUUACGACCUCCAUUCAUCCUUCACUUUUGAAAUCAUUUUCCAAAAUCCAUUUUUCAUGCAAAAUAGACCGAAAAGACAAUAGCUUAGUCUUUAAAUAGUUAGUUACAACAUCACAGUUUUCGAAACCAGUGAGAAAGUGUGCUAUUCGUUUUAAAAUGGCGUUGAAAUCUUCACCGGUAAUCGUGGACCUUCUGUCGCGGUUCUCCCGUCGUGCGUUUUCCACGUCGAGGGUGGCUGCGAAGCCGGUGGCGGUGCGAGAUGCCCUCAACCAGGCCCUGCAUGAGGAGAUGGACCGCGACGAGACGGUGUUCGUGAUGGGCGAGGAAGUCGCAGAGUACGACGGUGCUUACAAAGUUACGAGAGGGCUAUGGAAGAAGCACGGGGACAAGAGGGUGAUUGACACCCCUAUCACCGAGUCAGGGUUUGCUGGUAUUGCCGUGGGAGCCGCCUUCGCUGGCCUCAGACCCGUCUGCGAGUUCAUGACAUUCAACUUCUCCAUGCAGGCUAUUGACCAUGUGAUAAACUCAGCGGCGAAAACCUUCUACAUGUCAGCGGGCACUAAGCCAGUCCCCAUCGUGUUCCGCGGGCCCAACGGCGCCGCGUCCGGCGUGGCCGCGCAGCACUCACAGUGCUUCGGCGCCUGGUACAGCCACUGCCCCGGGCUGAAGGUGCUGAUGCCAUACUCUAGCGAGGACGCUAAAGGUCUCCUAAAGUCAGCCAUCCGCGACCCGGACCCAGUGGUGUUCCUUGAGGACGAGCUGCUGUACGGAGUGCCCUUCGAGAUGAGCGACGAGGCGCAGUCGCCCGACUUCCUCGUGCCCAUCGGCAAGGCUAAGAUCGAGCGCGCGGGGUCGCACGUGACGCUGGUGUGCGCCGGCAAGGCCACCGACACCGCGCUGCAGGCUGCCAACGAACUGGCUGGGAAAGGUAUAGAAGCGGAGGUGAUAAACCUGCGCUCGGUGCGUCCUUUAGACUUCCAGAGCAUCGCGCAGUCCGUGGCCAAGACGCACCAUCUGAUCACUGUGGAGCAGGGCUGGCCGCAGUCCGGUAUCGGAGCAGAAAUCUGCGCGCGAGUGAUGGAGUCCCCCGUGUUCUUCGAACUGGACGCCCCCGUGUGGCGAGUGACGGGCGCCGACGUGCCCAUGCCGUAUGCCAGGACUCUGGAGACUUAUGCCCUUCCUCGGCCUAAUGAUGUCGUGGCGGCGGUGGAAGCUGUGUUGACCAACAAAAUCAGCAAUUCGGCAGCGCAAUAGUGGUAGGAAUCUCUAGCAAAGAAAAAUAAUUGAACACGAAUUCCAGAGAUUUUUUUAAAUUAUAUUGUACAUACUUUUUAUUUCCAUGUUGUUUUGGGUGAAUAAUUCUCACUGCCUGUUACACAUGAUAUUGGAUAUAUCAAGCUGUAUUAUGAUUGUGAAUGGAAAUUUAUACUAGUGAAAUCGUUAUUUAAAUAAAUGUUAUUUAUUAGUAAAACUUU